AUGACUUUUCUGUCCAUUUCACCGCUCAAAGUGCCCUCGUCGCUAGAUGAUGAGAACAGCUACCACGAAUUCUACAAACUUCAGGAGCAUUCUGCAAGAGAACAGGAAUUCUUCUCUAAGCACCAGGAAAACUGGAUCCAUGGGCCCCUAAGAUUGUACAAUGUAAUUGAGUACGAGAGGUUUGAGUCAACAGCCAGCAAUGCUGAUUACGAGAACGGCAAUAGGGCCGAGAUGAUUUUUGGACCUAAAGUGGUGUUGAACAAGGUUCAGCCUGAAAACCUAGCCACACGGCUGUCAUCGUUGUCGAGCUCACAUUCGGCAAUCAAAGCAUCGAAAUAUGCUAGUGAAUUCAAAAACGAUUCCAAAGCUUCGCCUUUUUCAGGUCUUUUCCAUAUUCCCUCAUUCUCUUACUCGUUUCCGGGCCACAAAAGCCCACUUAGCAUGAGUGGCUACAUAUACCUGUCGCAUGUGGAGGUAAAUAAUAUCACCUAUAUGAUUGGAGGAAUGCUAGAAAAUUCGCAUUUGAACUUGGGUGAAUUGGGAAUUCCUAGAUCUACAGACUUGUCUCGGAUUUCGGUCGAAUUAAAGGACGAGUUACCUCCAUAUGUUAACAAAAAGAUCUUGAUGUCUCCGGUAAUGUGCAAUAACCCUUCGUUCAUCAUGUUUAAUCCGAGCAGGGGAACGGUCACAGCCUACGAUAUCAGCACCGUUGGUGAAGCUUACGUGGGCAAACUUUGUCAAUUGAAAGGUACAGUGGUGGGAUCAAAUCAUAUCUUCUAUUGUGGAGGUUUUGAAGUAAAAGUUGACUCAGUCAGGUACGCCGAAGACAUCAAGAGAUGGAUUGUCAAGAAAAGCAUCAAGCUCAACGAGGACGGUUACGUUUUAGACACUACCAAGAUGAAAGUAACCAAGAUCCAUUUGAAGUCUAAACUGGACCAGGCUUAUACUAAACGUUUGGGUGCAUGCUUGGUCUCUAACAUUUAUAGUUCUCUUUCUCCGGACAGAGACUUUGCGCUGCCAGUUGGAGACUCUAGUGAAACUGCCCCAUUUACAGCAUUUCAGGAGUCGCCUGAAGAAGCAGAAGAGAAACAAAAUGUAGAGGUAAAGCAUGAAGUCUUGAAAACGCGAAAGGAGCCGAAGUCGGAUCCUUACUCAGCACCAGCCAUGCAGACUUCGGUGUCUUCAACAUCCAGCAGGACAACAUUGCGAGUGACUACGGAUAAUUCUCCCCAAAGAACUGCUACAACAAACUCGUCUCGGUCAGCAAAGCUUAGUGAAAGUGCCAAAAUGAGUGGGUCCCCACUUUCUCCGACAGUUUCCUCGUCUAAUUCAGGAACAUCGCUGAAAGUUUCGUCACUUCUUCAGAAAUCUACAAGGAUCUUUCAUCGUAGUGGCGUACGUCACAACGGACAACCUCAAAUCCGGAGCGCAUACUCAAACCACGUUAAGAAGCACAGAAGCCAGACUCUGCUGAGUUCGCAAACUAGCAGGUCUACAUCUCCUCUGCGGCUGUCAUUGAAGUCGCCUCUACACAAGCCAGUUACAGACUCCGUCAGUCUUGCCUCUGAGUCGACGGACACAGACUCCUUCCACAGUGAGAAGUCUACAACCUCCAGCAAUGCAAUAGCAACUCCAACACCCAAGAAGGUGAUUGCUACCAGUGCUGUCACCAUUCUGGAUAAAAGUGUGGCUCCCGAAUUAGAAUCCAUGGCCUCAGGAGAGAGUGCUAGCUAUGCAGCUUCUUAUUUAGACGACUCAGCUUUGCGUUCCGGAGUAAUUUCAGUCUCAGUUUAUCAGUUUGGAGGUUUCAAAGCAGUUUUGAACCACGCAGGGAAUCUCAGCUUUGUUGCAACAAAUGAACUUAUCAAAAUCGAACUCAUAAUUGAUGAUCCAGAACAGGUGAUUUUCCAUCCUGAAGCGUUGACCUUUGAAUUGCCCCAUUCACAAAAGAGCUCGUGGCCUUCUCCAAGAGGUUAUUUUGCCUACACAUUAAUCAACAAUGACACCACCAGUGCACAUUGCGACUUCGUCAAACCAGUGGAAUUUCACGACAGCGACUCUUCGCGAUCGCUAAUAUCUGAAGCAGCAUCGAUCAGUGAAAAAUCAACUGGCAAAUCUCAUCACUCAUACAAUGCAGAUACAUUCUUCGAGACGAAAUCCUUGAUGAUUCAUGGAGGUGUGGACGAGCAGCACAAUGUAUGCAAUGACAUGCACUUGUUCCGCUUCAAGACAAGGCGGUGGCUGAUGUCGCAGACAUAUGCAUUUGACUACUAUGAGAUUCCGAAGCAUCCUUAUGAGGACGAACAUACCGAGUUACUAACGCUUGAGAGACAGGUCGAGAAUCCUAAGCUUGUGGAGGCGGAAUUAAGAUGCUGUCAUCACCAAGCCCUUUUAUUCCUGGAAGAUGGACUCGAAUACGUUGCAUUCGUCGGUGGAUUUACUAAUGAGAUUCUACGCCAUCACGAACAGAUUCCUUAUGAAAGUGACCGAUUUGAUGUCUCUAGAAUUUCGAGGUUCCUGAUGUCCAGUACUAAUUCGAACUUAUUGCGAGUUCCAGUGUUGAAUCUCCAGUCUCAAACUUGGAAAUUCAGUCGGUUUUUCUACGAUCUCACUGGAAGAGUGUCUCCUCAAGCCAUGGACUUGUUGAUGGGCACCGACUACUUAAGAAAUGCAAGGAUUUGCACAUAUGGAGGAGCAUUCUCAAUUGUGGAGAAGCAGAUAACUAUAUGCCACGGUAUGGUAGAAUUCUCGCCAGAAAAAGCCAAAGACUACCCAAAGCUUGCUAAGGGUUUGGGAGCGGAUUCCAUAUUAUUAGGUGGCCAUUGUCACUUGACUUUCCCCACUCUAUAA